AUGGCAGAGGUUGCAGGUCUUGCCAUCGGUGUUGUUGGAGUGCUGCCAGUUAUUGUCCAGGGUGUGGUCGGAUAUCGCAAGAUUCGCACGCUCCUGGCCCAGGUCCGGGCCUGUUCCAAUGAGCUUCGGACUCUUGAGAUCGAUGUCGAGGUACAGGAAGGUCGGUUUCUCAACGAAUGGGAAUUGGUCCUUCAUUCGGCCGAUAUAAACGACGAUAAACCCAAGGGGCAGACAGUCAGGGCCAUGAUAGAAGACCCAAAUCACAGCAUGUGGAGAGAUUCGGAGCUCGACGACCGACUCAGGCAGUGUUUGGAACGAAGCUACGAUGUGUGUGCUAAGAUCAUCGAUAACAUUGUGGAAACGUUGCAAGAUAUCCAGCAAGGUCUUGUGAGUUUCUCUUUGGUACGAAAUGGUCGUGAGAAUGGUGAAUCAUUGCGGAAAGCCUUUCGUCGACUGCAGCAGUCUUUCCAAAUCACUUUUGAUAAGCAAUGGUACGAGAAGAAGUUGGAUCGAUUGCGAAGCAGCAACCAGGACUUGGGAGCACUCAGAACCCAGAUUUAUAGCUUUCAAAAGUCUAGGACUCAAGUGAAUAACCGAGAAAAAAGGAAGCUUGCCCUGCCCGAAGUCAUCAAAAAGGUCCGCGACAUCUCAGAAGAAGCACACAGAGCUAUAUGCAACGCUUUUACCUGUGACGAUCGAUCUCACACAGACCACGCAGCUGCCAUGGGCGUUAAAGCGUGCGUUGAGGACACCCCUGCAGGGAAGUUGAUCUUUGAGAUGGCAAUCGACUUUGCGGCUCCACAUCCUUUAGAGCCAUCUGUCGCCUUUCUAUUGCAAUCUUGUUAUUCAAAGAGCGUGGGAAAGCAAUCGAUAUCAGCGCCUCCUGCUAGUUCGUCAGGACAUGGCUCCUUACACACACUCGUCCCAGCACUGCAACGAAGAGACAAACAUGGAGAAUCAUCGAAAUCGAUGGCAUGCCAAUCCAGAACUUUCGAAGACAGUGUUACGAGAGAUUGCCAUGCUUUGGAUCUCGAAGAGUCCCUGAACAGCUCUGAUAUUGACUUAGUCAACAUUGAUAACGCUUGCAAAUACCUUCAAUCCAAACUUGGUCCUUCUACACCGUUGGAUGAUAUUUCCAUCUUCUGCAACUCUCCCGCCAAUCGCAACUAUUGUUUCUAUUUCAAGCAAAAUAGGCUUUGGCAACCAAACUCGGAUCCGCUUCUAUCGCUCAAUAAACUACUCCAGGACAGCCGAGUAGAGCCGACCCUUGAUCAACAGGCCAAAAUGGCCCUUCAGAUGUCUCUUGCCGUCCUACAGUUCCACUCAACUCCGUGGCUAGAAGGCACAUGGAAAACAUCCGAUGUCUUUGUCCAUAGUCCAAGCGUGCUCGAUUCAUCAGAACCACUUCUGUUCCUCCGAGCCCCCUUAUCAGAACCAUCACCAAAAUCGACUUUAACGUCGUCCAGGCCUUAUGCUGAGAAUUAUCCCACAACGCUCGCUUCAUCAUAUAUAUUCUCAAUGGCAGACUACUACGGCAUCAACAACAUGACUCUAUUUGGUCUUGGUGUAGCCCUCAUUGAGAUUGGUCAUUGGAGACCUUUGGCGAAAUUGAGACGUAAUCAAGAUCCUGAUGACAUUCUCACUGCGAGGCGACUAGCCAAUCAAACCACGCUCAUGGUACGGACCUUGGUCAGGCUAGUCUUCAAACUGCAGUAUACAAUAACGUUGUUCAGCCGCUUCAGAAGCUUGUCAAAAGGCUAG